UUAUACUGGUAUUAUUAACUAUUAUUAUAAUUCAUGAGUGAUGAAUCAUGAAAAUAUAAUUGUUUAACUACAUUAAUUUCCGGUUGGGCGCUAGCUGUUCUUCUCGCAGGCCGUAAUCGAGGAUAAGCACUGGGCGUCUGGGCAAUCAAUGGGCCAUCCGGCCAUUACUGAAUAAAUUAUUUAGUCAUGCAAUGAUCAUCAAAAAUAAUGCUUCGUUUAGUAACCUCCAUAUCUUAAAUCGUGUUACAUUGUAUAAUAUGAUCUUUAAGGGCCCGUAUUACAAUCGUUAAACUAAGGUUAAACCACCGAAUUCGGCCGGUAAAAUCAGUAGGUUAGGCGUAACCGAGGUUUAAACUAUUAUUGUAAAACAUUAAACAGGCCCUAAGGCGGAUUGAACAAUCAUAUCAAUCCACCUUGUUUUCAGCUUAGCACAGAAUAAAUUAAAUUGUUGAUUAAUAUUAUCAGCUAUAAAUAACAAAUAUUAUCAAGGGAACAAGGUGUAUUGAUAUCAAUACACCUUGCAAGGGAAGAACUGACCUCAAUCACGUCAUCUACUUUCUAAAAUGUUGACUGUGAACAUUAACGAGUUCUGGAUAACUACUAACUUGAAGACAUGUCAUGGCUCAUAGACUUGGCCGGUAAAGCUGAACAUUAUCUGGAUAAAAUCGACCAGAACACAGCGGUAGUUUUACAACAUCAAAAGGAAAAGCCACUGAAAGAUGUUUUCAAAACACCGGUAUCGGAAAAUGUGUCGAUUGAAAUCGAAAAUAAACCCAUUACGUCUGUACCCAGUUCGCCUGCCACAAAGUCAUUAAUUAAGAAACCUAAAAGUGAUUCUCGCAUAUCAGAUGAGCAUCUACUGCAGUAUUUAAAUAGUCAUGAUUCAACAAUCCAAUCUCAAUAUGAGGGUCAGUCUACUACUUACAUUGAUAAUUCAAUUGAUCCAAUAUCCAAACCGUUGACCGAAGAAAAUCAUAUGUUAAAAAGCGAAAUAAGAACGUUAAAUAAUGAAAUGUCAUUAUUGCAAUACAAGUUGAAAACUGCAGAUAAAGAUAUCAAUCAAAUAUCAAUGGAACUUGAAGUGAAUAAAAGACAUUCCGCUAAUUUGGAAAAGGAACUGCAGGAAGCUCAUAUACAAUUACGAAAUGCUCAAGAUGUAAUGUUCCGGUUGAAAGAAAAAUCUAAAACCCGAGAUUCAGUAACUGGGGAAAAUAAUUUAGUUUCUGACAAUAAUUUAGUACAUGAAAACCAAAUUUUACAAAAUGAAAUAUCAACGUUACUCAAAAGAAUUGAGGUGGAUGAAUUAAAGAUUAAUGAUUUAACCUCAGAAAAAUUAAAUCUGGAAAUGGCACUUAAUAAUAUUCAAUUUGAAAAUAAAAACACUGUUAAAAAAGAAAUAUUAACAAACUUAUCUAGUGAAUGCAAUACAAUGACUGCAUUCACCAAAACAAAUUUGAACAAUGUUGCCCUAAAAUUAAAAGAAUGUUUGAAUGAUUUAGAAAUUGUUAAUAUACAAGCAACUGCUGAUCAAGGCACUGUAAGCACUUCAGAAUUAGAACGCUCAGACAUAUUAACCAAAUUAAAUGCCAUGAAGAGUAAUUUACUCUCUAUUGAUUGUGGAUUACAGAAGUCACUACACGAUCUUAGUGGUUUUAAAGAACGGCUUGCAAAUAUUGAUUUAGAAUCGUUUACAGAUGAUAGUUGUAAUAAUCAUGCAGACAUAACUAAUGGUCAGGGAGUAAUGAAUGAGCAGAUGUUAUCACUUAAAAAGGCUGUGGCAUGUAAACAAGCUGACCUAGAACAAGUAUUAGCUGAAAAUAAUUCAAUGGCAAUAAGAAUUGAGAGUUUAGAGACAAGAUUGAAAAAAGAGACAAAUGUAAUAAUCAAUGUUAAUGAUACGGAUGAUGCUAAAGCCAAAGUGCCUCAUUUCAUGUUAGAAAAAGCAUUUGAUACUAGUGUAGCAAGAGGAGUUAAACGAGCUUAUACCAGCCUAGAUUCGUUUGGUUUAAGAACAGGAAUGUAUUUACGACGAUAUCCACUAUUAAGAACUAUAUUAUUUGUUUAUGUGGUGAUACUUCAUUUGUGGGUGAUGUUGAUACUAUUCUCUUAUACUCCAGAGACCAAUUAAAAUUGCCUUCAUACUUUAUUAUUACUGCAAACAUCUAUAUAAUAUUCAAGUACUCUAUUAAGCAAACACUCAUAUUAUUAUAUUAUUUAAAUGUAAUAAUAUUGAUUAUAUCUAUUGUUUCUAUUUUAUUUUUAUUUUUGAAUAUCAUUUAUUUAGAAUUAUAUAUCAAGGAACAGUUUUAUUAA